GGCAGCAGCUUGCGCAUGCCCGUGAAUCACAGCAGCAGGCAGUUACAGUGCUAAAUGGGAAGUGUUUUUGGGAGAGAGGCCAUUUUCAUACUUUUGGCUCAAUCAUGAGUGGAGUAAAUGUGAGUAAAUUAAAGGUCAACGAGCUCAAAGAGGAACUCCAGCGGCGAGGCCUGGACACCCGAGGUCUGAAAGCGGAUCUUGUCGACAGACUGGAAGUGGUCCUUGAGGCCGAGGCCACAAGCAAGGGGGCUGGGACACUGGGGUCAAUGGACAAAGCGUGUGUAGGUGACGAGGAGGCUGAGUAUGGAGAUGGAGCCGGCGAGGAGUCCCAGGACACAGAAGAGUUUGUUAUGAAGGUGGAGAUAAAGGAUGAGCCAGAGGAGCAGCAACAUUUGCAUCGGGAGCCGGCCAAUGACUACAAAGCCCAGGAGGCCGUGCGGGUUAAGAUGGAGGACAGGCACAUGCCUAAUGGCCGUAAGAGACCCUACACUGAGGGACAUGGGGUCAGCUACUCUGAACUCCGGGAGCACAAGAGGUCACGCUCAUCCCAGCCCCCAGCAGAGGAGGAAGAGGAAGACUUUGAUGACACUCUGGUGGCCAUUGACAUCUACAAUUGUGACCUGCACUUCAAGGUGUCUCGUGACCGGUACAGUGGCUACCCUCUCGCUGUCGAGGGCGUCGCCUAUCUGUGGUCGGGCGCCCGGGCAUCUUAUGGCGUCGCCAAAGGCCGUGUCUGCUAUGAGGUCAAGAUUAGUGAUGAGAUCUCAGUAAAGCACCUGUCCACCACUAAUCCUGAUCCUGAUGUCGUGAGAGUUGGCUGGUCCCUGGAUUCCUGCAGGAUGCAACUGGGUGAGGAGCCUUUCGCCUUUGGAUAUGGAGGAACAGGCAAGAAAUUCGUGGACUGCAAAUGUGAAGAUUACGGCGAAAGGUUUGGAAAAAAUGACGUCCUUGGUUGUUACAUAGACUUUGAAAGUGCAGAAGAUAUCGAGAUAUGUUUUUCAAAGAAUGGGAAAUGGCUGGACACAGCAUUCUGCAUCAAAAGAGAAGAGCUGGCCGGACACCCUCUUUUCCCGCAUGUUCUGGUCAAGAACUGUGCAGUUGAAUUCAACUUUGGCCAGAAAGAAUCUUUCUUCCCUCAACCAGAAGGAUACACCUUUAUCCAGAAUGUUCCAGUAGAGGACAGGGUCCGAGGCACCGUGGGAUCUUUCCUCAAAGCUGAAUGUGAGAACACCGAACCUGCUGGGGGCGACCCACACGGAACCCAUACAAAGAUGAUUUUUACAGACGAAGAAGUCGGGGACAGAUGCACAUCUCAGCGUGCAAAGCCCACAUCUUAUGUUGGACGUAAGAGGCCACGUCGAGUGAUUGACCUGGAAACCAAAAUAAAACUGAUUAAAGACUACGAAGGUGGAAAAUCAGUGAUGGUUAUUGCUCGCCAGACAGGAAUGUCCCAUUCCACCAUAGUUACAAUAUUGAAAAACAAGAACAAAGUGACAGAAGCUGUUAAAGGAUCUGCUUCAUUGAAAACAACGAGACUAACAAAAAUUCGGGAAGGUCCUAUAUCAGACAUGGAGAAACUUCUAAUGACCUGGAUCGAAGAUCAGACACAGAAGCGCGUCCCACUCAGCACCAUGAUGAUCACGGCCAAAGCAAAAAGCUUGUUUGCAAUGUUGAAAGAAAAGGCUGGACCCGACUAUGAUGUUGAAUUUACUGCUAGCUCUGGGUGGCUUAAACGAUUCAAAAAUCGUUAUCCGUUACAAAAUGCGAAAGUGAGUGGGGAGUCGGCGAGCGCUGAUGUGAAGGCAGCUGAGGAAUUUUUGGAAUCUCUGGAUAAGCUAAUUGUGGAGGAAAAUUACUUGCCAGAGCAAAUUUUCAAUAUGGAUGAAACCUCCCUAUUCUGGAGACAGAUGCCAGAAUGGACUUCCAUCCAUAAGGAGGCGAGGUCAAAGCCAGGUUUCAAGGCUUUUAAAGACAGGAUAACAGUCUUGCUUGGGGGCAAUGUUGCCGGCUACAAACUGAAACCCUUUGUGAUCUGGCACAGUAAGAACCCUAGGGCCUUCAAACAUAUCGAUAAGCACACAUUGCCAGUGUACUACAGGAGCAAUAGAAAGUCAUGGAUGACCCAGCUUCUCUUCCAAGAUGCCCUCCUGAAUUGCUAUGCCAGCGAAAUGGAGAAGUACUGCUUGGAGAGUAAUAUACCUUUCAAGAUAUUGCUUAUUAUUGAUGAUGCUCCUGGACAUCCUCCUUUCAUUGGUGAUCUUCAUCCCAGUAUCAAAGUGGUGUUUCUCCCUCCAAACAACACCUCUUUGAUCCAACCAAUGGAUCAGGGAGUUAUAGCAGCUUUUAAAGCUUACUACCUGAGGAGGACCUUCGCCCAGGCUAUUGCUGCAUCCAAAGAAAACACUGAAAAGAGACUGAUGCAAUUCUGGAAGGAUUACAACAUCUAUGACUGCAUCAAGAACCUUGCUUGGGCUUGGGGUGAUGUCACCAAGGAGUGUAUGAUUGGCAUCUGGAAGAAGACACUCAAGAGGUUUGUCCAUGACUUCAAAGGAUCUGCCAAGGAUGAGGAGGUUGCAAAAAUCACCAAGGUUGUGGUUGAGAUGACAAACAAUUUCAACUUGGGUGUCAAUGAGGACGAUAUCAUGGAGCUCCUGGGGAUGGGUCCUGAAGAACUGACUAAUGAGGAGUUGUUGGAACUGGAACAGGAACGCAUAGCUGAUGAAGAGGCAAGAGAAAAGGAAACUGCAGGAAAAGAAAAAGAACAACAACCCCCAAGAAAAUUCACAGUGAAGGGUUUAGCAGAAGCUUUUGCAGACCUCCAGAAGCUCCUUAAGAAGUUUGAAAAAAUGGAUCCCAGCACCAAAAGGUUUUCAUUAAUAGAGAGGAAUGUUCAUGGUGCAUUAUCUGCUUACAAGCAAAUCUAUGAUGAAAAAAAGAAACAGGCCAAGCAAACUACCACGGACAUACCUAUGAAAUGAGUGGCAGCUCCUCUGAAGCGUUUCAGGCAGCUCCUUCAGGAGGUCUUCCAGAAGAAGGCAUUGUUGUCGCAGGAGAUGACAGCUACAUGCAAGUUAGUGCUGCUGAGGACUUGGGACAAGAUGUGGAGCUGGAGAUUUUAACAAAAAAAUUUAAAAGUAAAAAUAAUUAAUAAAAAUUUUAAAUAGAUUAAGCUUACAGAAUACGGAUUUAAAGAAAGAAAAUAUUUUUGUACAGCUGUAUAGUGCAUUUGUGUUUCACGCCGUGAUCACCAGAGUUAAUUAUUAUUUUUUUUUAAUGAGUAAGCUAAGGUUAAUUUAUUAUCGAAGAAAGAAAAGUAUUUUUAUGAAUUUAGUGCAGCCUAAGUGUACAGUGUUUUUAGAGUCUACAGUGGUGUCCUAGGCUUUCACACCCAGUGCAACUUCCAGUCCUGCAAGCUCCCUUCAUGGAAGUUUCCAGUGUCUGUGAAGAAAGUGACAACCCAGCAGCCACAGCAUCUUUUUAUAAAAAGAGACACUGGAUAAAUAAGCAGUGACAGGACGCUACUGUGGCAGUUCCAGACUGAAGCCCAGAUCUUCUCCUGCCCCUUCGCUCUUAAUGGUUCCCCCAAGCAUUGCACAACAUUGGUGGUGGUCUCCUCCACAGAUGGGACUCUGGAUGAAGAUGAUGAAUCUCUCAGGGCUUCCCUGGAGUUUCCCAGAUCACCUCAUAUCCUCUCCAGUGCUGUGCAUCUUGUUAGCUGUGGGCUGCAGGAAUGAUGUCGUUUACUGAAUAGACAACGUAAAGUGGAAGGAGAUGGACUUGGACUCUUAGGAGGAUUGAAGCUGGAGUUGCAGGCCACAGACUGUAAAGGUUAACGCAACAGUGGUAGCAGCAGACAUCAUACGGUUUUGUCCACUCACAAAGCUAUCAGAACCUUCAGUAUUACUGUGGCAUUUGCUGUUUGUAGUGUGCAGCAUACAUUGUGUGGCUCAGUGGGGUAAUGAGUUAGUGAUAUGCACAGUAAACAGUGAGUUCCACUAUGCAAUGAAAAUCAUACUCUGUCCUUUUACUAAACACAAAUUAACACAACAGAAGUACAGAUCAGAAGUACAGUUUAAGGUGGAAGUAUAAAUUAAGGUGCAUCUACAGUAACAAGAAUAAAUACAAUUAUCACAAGAAACAUACACAUGAUGCAAUGUAACAUUGUAACUACUUUUACAAAUGACAAAUAAAGCAUCAUUUCUUUUC